GAAAAUUUUAUAUAUUGGACUUUGCAAACUAUAGUAUAUUUUUGGUAUUUUCUGAGCUUAGUUUAAUGCAGGCCAGCUAUGGAGAUCAUGCCAAUGAUAUUUCAAACCUCAACUCUGACUUAUGAAGAGCGUUUUCCAGUGUAUUGUAACGAGAUCUUGGGAAAAUGCAAGGCCAGUGAAGUUAAAGCGAACUUUGCAGAGUAUGUGGAGAAAAUUGUACAAAAACGCGGAUGGAAAGCAAUUUGGAGUUGUACUGAUGUAGACAUUAAAUUGAAAGAAAAUUUAAAUAUUUUGGUUGAGGUAAGGGUAAAUCACAUGGGGGUUGCUCAUGCCCACACCCCCUCCCCCAUCUUGAUAAUGACCCCCCCCCCCCACCCCAAAUGUGGUGACAGGUUAUGAGUGCGCAAGUAUGGCAGGUGAGCACAAUCAUUUCCCCUAUAUACCCAUUACCCAGAGGAAGGAAUUCCCCACAUCCUCAAUCUGAACACCCCCCCCUUUAGAUUUGGUACCUCCAUAAAGGGUGCUCUCAAGUAAAGGACUUGAUUUCCAAUACAUAUUUUACAGCCCAGGGUUAAAAUUUUCACUCGGAACCCUAUGACAUUGUUAACCUACUAAUUAAGGUGCAAUGCACUCUAAUGCACACUGACUUUAUUAUUUUACUCUGUCUAAUACACCAGACAAUUUUACUCAUCAAUGGCAUAGCCUUGCACAUUAAUGGUUUAAAACAGCAAAAACAGUGCUGGAAGAGGCCAACUUAAAAGAGACUAAAGACCCCUCUUAGCUGUCCUGUAAACAAGCUAUUCAAAACACUUAGUAUCCUAUUCUGACUUUUCAUAAAUUAUUUUGUUCCCCAAGGUAUGAUAUUGACCAAGUAAAGUGUUACGUUAUUUAGAUUGUAAACGUGUUCCCAAAAAAAUUAUCUUCGGAAGUAAAUAUAUGCGUUCCAGUAAUGUCAAAUCCAUCAAUUACAUUCCAAGAAGCUCAGGCACUGAUUCGUGAACGAGACAACUGUAUUUCUCUAACAGAACUGUCGCCAGUAUUUGACGAGUCAGGAGAUUUUGAUCAGACAGCUUUGGCACUUGAGCACGUCAGGUAUCAUAGACAUAAUAGCUGAUGUUUGGAAGAUUAUGUUAGGGGGGGGGAGGGGGGGGGGGCAGACAGUCCCCCAGUGAGUACAAAACUGCCCAACCAAAUAAAUAUUGGGGGUAAUCCCCCAGCCCCCCUCUUCUAUGUCAGGUAUAGUGGAGAGCUCUAUGAUGAACUAUUACUAGGGUGGGUCACACCCUGAAGUCAAUCAGCAAAAAUAGAAUAUUAAUUCCUAAUUAAAUUUGUAUGUUUUGCUGAAAUUACUGUGUGUUAAUAUUUCAGAUUCUUUUUUGAGAAUCUCUGGAGAGAUUGGGACUUAGAUGUAGAAGAUGAUUAUUGCUAUGUUACUCGAAAUUUAGAGAACAGAUUACGACUUUAUUAUGAUAUCACACAAAAUAACCUUUCUAAAGAAUUCACUAAAAAAUACAACGGUAUGUUACGGUCGUUGCAUGACAAUUGGUGAACUGCGCUAGCGCUCAGCAGUUUAUUUCCUUCGUUUAUAUUUUUUUAGCAACUUUAAAUGAAUACAAACAAAAAGUGUUUCAUUUAAAAGAGCUUCGUAAAAACAUGUCCGCUAGUGACUCCGAGCAAGAACUCGAUACAUCAGAUGUAUUUAUGCUGGCACAAAAAACACACGAGUUAGAAGACAUUGUGAGAUCUCUGCAAACUAUGGAGGAUCCACAAAUGAGGUACGCUCGUUCAUAGGUGUAUGAGAGAGGGGAAAUGGGGGCCACCCCUCUAAUGUUUUUAUCCUGUAUGCCUGUGCAACUGUUUUAAUUAAUGUAUGAAAUUUCAGGCUGGAUAGUCAAAUUUCUCGCCAAAAUUUAGGAAGAAAAUAUUCUCGACUGUUUAAAAAUGUUUAGAGUUCAAAAUGUUUAUAGUUUUGAUCGUUAUAGUUAGUUCAUUCAUAUACGGUGUCUUGCGUUACACGUGCGCAUUGCGUGCCUAUUUUUAUCGACUAGGUACUUGUUGGCUUCGGUGAACUCGAGAAAGCCGGCUGAAAUGGGUGAAGUACGCACAUAUCCUGUCACUCUGAUUGUUGCUGAAAAAUUGAGAGCUAAAAUGACUAAAUCAUUAGCAGGUAUAAACUUUAUAUAACAGAUAAUUCAGUGGUAUCAAAUAAACUGGAUAACUCUAUUACUUCUAACCCGUUCUUUGACUUCUUUCUACUGAAACUUAUUUAGAUGAAACCAUUAUUGAACAUUUUAAGUCACUGGAAAAAGCCGUUGAAUGUUCUAACAUGGAUGACAGUAUGGUAAUUUAUCCUGGUAGUUAUAAUGUUGGUGCUUUGGUAUUCAAGCAUCCACUUUCUGUCACUGGAAAUGGCAAUGUUAUAGGUCAGUAGCAGAGCAUAGCACAUAAAACUGUGGAGAACGCCGAGAAACCAGCGAGUCAAAUAGUUCUCACAUGUGACUGCGUAAGGCGAAAUUAUAUUCAAACAACUGCAGCUUCAAACUAGGUCAUAUGAGUUGAAGACAUGGACACCUAUUUGUCUUAUUGUUCUUCCUAGAGGUCCAUUUAUUAUAGAAUAUUGCUGACGUCCUUUCAGAAAGGAUGUAUUGAAAUGAAAAUUGUGGAUGUUAUAAUAUGGAAAUUGACCCACCGUUUUCGUAUUUUUUCAGUUGAAUGCGAUGAAGAUGAUGACAGUUUUCUUACAACGCACUCACAGUCGAUAAAAUUAAACAAUAUUAAAUUUAUUCAUACAUCUUCAAACUCUCCUAUUCUUGUGGUGGAAAAAGGCCAAACAGUGCUUAGGAAUUGUGAAUUUCGUUGUACCACGGAUGGUAUUUUUGUCAGACAAGGCGCAGAAUUGAUAAUGGAAAACUGUAAGAUGUAUGGCUCGACGGUAAGUCAACUAAAACUAUCUUAACCUUAUUCCUGUUGGAUAGUUCUAUCAGUUUUAAACUGUUCUUCCUGUGUAAAAAUGCGUGUUUUGCUGUUCGUAGAAUGUUGGUGUAAUUAUUGAAGAAAAUUCAGUGGUUCAAAUUCAAAGAUGCGAGAUUUACAACGACGACAUUAACAGGAACACAGUUGGAAUAAAGGUAAUGUACAAACUAUACUCUAUAUUAUAUAUAGAUUUGUAUUGCUUCAAGCAUUUGCCAGAACAAACACAUUGCUUCAAGCAUUUGGCAGAACAACACGCGCCUUCAGACGGGAGUAAAAUAACCAAGCUGGGUGCAUAAAGGCUCAGUGCAAUCAUGGUUAGUUGCAACUCAAUCGCAUAAUUUUCGAUAUUGAUUGAUUUUUCCAUUGGCAGAUAUUUUCAAGCACAGCCCAUCCUGCCAAUGUUGUAAUCACGGAAAGUCGAAUAACAGCUAGUCAGGGAAUAAACGUUAUUGAUGGUCAAAACGAGGAAACUGUUCAACAAUCUAUUGACAAUGGUGUUCAAUUAAAACUAGAAAAUAAUAUAAUUGUGUGUGAGGCACUGUCAUGAAUGGGCAGAUUUGGGCAGGUGACUGCAAAAAUUGGUGUAUUUAUUUAGCUGUAUUUUUUUUUCAGUAUGAUGCAAAAAUAAGCAUAAAAUUACGUACCGCUACUGGAGUUGAUAUAACAGAAUUGGGUUUUCGGAAAACGUGGCUAGAAUUAAUUGAAAGUGCUUUUCUAAGCUUGAAACAGGGAGAAUGAAGAAUAUAUAAUUUACCUAAUAUAUUCCUUUCUAUCAUAACUGAAUUUUUUAUUAAACAAAAAAUUCACGAUGGAUUUAUGCAUUUCAUGAUGAAUUUAAUCAUUCUGGUUCCACCCUCGCAACACAACGUGCAUGCAACGACGAUAUUUUUUUUUUAUGUUACUCUGAGUGUACAUCCAC